UCCCAACUCUAACAAGCUGAAGAGAGAGAGAGAUGGGAAGAGCUCCUUGCUGUGACAAGGCAAAUGUCAAGAAAGGGCCAUGGUCUCCUGAAGAAGAUGCAAAGCUCAAAGAAUACAUCGACAAAAAUGGCACUGGCGGUAACUGGAUUGCUCUCCCUCACAAAGUUGGGCUGAGAAGAUGUGGAAAAAGCUGCAGACUGAGAUGGCUAAACUACCUGAGACCAAAUAUCAAACACGGUGAAUUCUCCGAUGACGAAGAUAGAAUCAUCUGCACUCUCUUCUCCACCAUCGGAAGCCGGUGGUCGAUAAUUGCGGCUCAAUUACCGGGAAGAACAGACAACGACAUCAAAAACUACUGGAACACGAAGCUGAAGAAGAAGCUGAUCAACAUGGCUAACAAUCACCACCGCCAACUCCUCCACCCGCUCCCAAUCCCAUCGCCAAACCCUCCAUUUUCGCAGCAAUACUACUCACCGUUCCAUGCACAAACACCCCCACUGUGUGACGCCUACACCAAUCGCAAUAAUAAUAAUAAUAAUGUGUUGGCGUUUGAUCAAGGCAGCUGCAGCUCCUCCGACGGCAGCCAGAUCAGCCACCAGAGCUUCGCCUUCCAAGGAUAUGAGGAUAAUCACCACCAAAACCUCUUCUUCAACGACGUCGGCACCUCCGCUUCCUCCUCGAAUUACGGCUGCUUCAACGAUAAUCCGCAGGAUUACUACAGCAGCAUCGAGGAGAUCAAGGAGCUCAUCACGAUUAACGACGCUAGCGACAAUCUGAGCUUCCUCAUGGAUGAAAUCAAGACGGAAGACAAGGUUUGGUGCAAUGAUCUCAACGUUUUCAGUGAUUGAUCUCCAGAUUUCACAAAUUAGGGUAAUUAAUUAGGCCUAAAUUUAUUUUUGUGUUCUUUUGCUAUUUUGAUGGGAGUUUUUAUUAUCAAUAAUAUUUGAUUUGAUA